AUGCCCAACGGCUCCUUAAACUCCUUUCUCUUCUCUGAGUCGGAAGACGCAGAGAAGGUGUUGGACUGGAAGACCCGGUUUCAGAUCGCAGUGGGCACUGCACGAGGAUUAGUUUAUCUGCAUGAGGAAUGCAGGGAUCGCAUCAUUCACUGCGAUAUCAAGCCCGAAAACAUUCUCCUGGAUGACGACUUCAACCCAAAGGUGGGGGAUUUUGGGCUGGCAAAGCUGAUUGGUAGAGAUUUCAGCCGGGUACUGACGACCACAAGAGGAACUCGUGGGUACUUGGCUCCCGAGUGGAUCUCUGGCCUUCCUAUCACUACCAAGGCUGACGUAUACAGUUUUGGCAUGACAUUGUUAGAAAUUAUAUCCGGCCGAAGAAAUCUUGAUCUAAUGGAGGAAAGUAAGGUGUACUUUCCUACAUGGGCUUUAUCUCAAACUCAGAGGGGAAACAUAAUAGGCCCUGUGGACGCCAGGAUAGCGAGUGAGGCCGAUAUCGAAGAGGUGAGAAGAGCCGCUAUGGUGGCUGGGCUGUGCAUUCAAGACGAUGAGAAUGAGAGGCCGAGCAUGAGUGAAGUGGUGAAGAUAUUGGAAGGCACGAUGGAGGCUCCUGUGCCACAAAUUCCGAGGUCCUUACAGGUCCUAUUAGAUCAGAUAGUAGACGAGGACAAUGGUAGCUUCGGUCAACAUCCUUCCAUAUUAAGUUGUUCCAUAUCCGCAAAACUGUAG